AUGUCUGGCAAACCCAAGCUGCACUACUUUAAUGGACGAGGCCGAAUGGAAUCAAUACGGUGGCUACUAGCAGCAGCCGGGGUUGAGUUUGAAGAAUGUUUUCUGGAAACAAAGGAUGAUCUGACAAAGCUACAGAAGGAUGGAUCCCUGCUGUUUCAGCAAGUGCCAAUGGUGGAGAUUGAUGGGAUGAAGAUGGUGCAGAGCAGAGCCAUUGGCAACUACAUAUCAACAAAGUACAACCUCUACGGGAAGGACCUGAAGGAGAGAGCCCUAAUUGAUAUGUACGUGGAAGCAAUAAUAGAUCUGAAUGAGUUACUCAUGACCCAUACUUUCCAACCAGCGGAUAAAAAGGAGCAACAUUUUGCUACUAUUGUGGACAAGGCCACAAACAGAUACUUCCCAGUCUACGAGAAGGUUUUGAAAGACCACGGACAAGACUUUCUUGUUGGCAACCAGUUUAGCAGGGCAGAUGUGCAAUUACUUGAAACCCUUUUAAUGGCAGAAGAGUGCAAGCCUGAUAUACUCUCCAAAUUUCCUCUUUUGCAGAGUUUUAAAGCAAGAAUAAGCAAUAUCCCCACAAUAAAGAAAUUCCUGCAGCCUGGAAGCCAGAGGAAACCACCACUACAGGAGAAAGAUGUACCAAAACUGAUGAAAAUUUUCCACUGA